GUCAUACUGUUGUCAAUCGCUCCGCGUGAGUUCAAGUGGUACGCCAGAAGCCAGCGAGCCCGCGCUCUUUCACUCGCGCACGCUUCCUUCUUCAGAGUCAUGACAGCUGGCAGGCGGAGAGGCUUCGCGACGCCAUAAAGAAACUUUCGAUUUUUGUGUUUUGCUUUGACGUUUUCCGCGCAAACGUCAGGAACUAUCUGUCCGCAAAUGCUUUUGUUACUUUGUUUAACACUGUAAUCUGCAAUAAUAGCUUGCAUAUUGACGCGAGUAAAGUGGAAAACUGUAGCCGGUUCCUGAUAUGAGGGUUUAAAAGAGCACAUUCCAGAUCUCAGAGGGAAACUGUUGUAUGACCCUGUUUUAUCAAUCCUGACCCCAGUGGACGAAACGCUCUUGAUGCAUGUGGGUUAAAUUAGUUUAAACUAAUUCCUUACAUACAUCCUUGAGAAGAUAGAACAGACUCUCUCUAUAAAAUAUGGACACAAGUGUUUACCUAAUUUAAAGAAGCAGGCAAAGUAAUACAUUUUUGUUAUUGUACAUCGUUGGAUAUUUCAACAAUGCCGUCCUGGCUGGAGAGCAAUCCUCGGUAUGGUGGACUUCUAACCAGACAGACGAAACAUGGUUCUCUAUCUCUAAGUGAUCACCAGUUGUGUCUGUAUUUCUUCAUGACACGUGGAUGGAUCUAGAUAUUAUUAAACUGCAAUCGCCAUCCAUUACCUACAUAUAUCAGUGACAUUCCUGCUUUGGAGAAUGAUAUGUCCAAAAAAGAAGAGGCCCAUCAAAGACGAGGAUUUUUCCGCCAUUGUUGUGCCCUCCAUGAGGGGUCAUGGGUACUUGGAUUACACGGUUGAAAGUCAUGCCUCUAGAGCCAUGCAGGUCAUGGAUGAGUUUCGACAUCAUGAGAUGUUGUGUGAUCUGGUUCUUCAUGUGACUUACAAAGACAAGACAGAGGAUUUUAAGGUACAUAAACUGGUACUGGCCGCCUGCAGUCCGUAUUUCAAAGCCAUGUUUACCAGUAAUUUCAGAGAAUGCCACGCCUCUGAGGUCACCUUAAACGACGUGUGCCCCCAGGUCAUCAGCCGCCUCAUUGACUUCGCCUACACCUCCCGCAUCACGGUGGGCGAGAAAUGCGUCCUUUACCUUCUCCUGACCGCCAUGCGUUAUCAGAUAGAAGAGGUGGCCAAAGCGUGCUGCGAUUUCCUCUUGAAGAACCUGGAGCCGGCAAACGUCAUAGGCAUCUCCAGAUUCGCAGAGGACAUCGCUUGCACCGAGCUGCACCUUCGUACAAGAGAAUACAUCAACACACACUUCAAUGAGGUGACCAAAGAGGAGGAAUUCUUCAGUUUGUCCCAUUGUCAGCUCCUGGAGUUGAUCAGUCAAGACAGUAUAAAGGUGCUAUGUGAGACCGAGGUCUACAAAGCCUGCAUCGACUGGGUCCGCUGGGACGCUGACAGCCGUGCCCAGUACUUCCAUGCCCUCCUGAAUGCGGUCCACAUCUACGCCCUGCCGCCCACGUUCCUCAAAAGACAACUGCAGUCCUGCCCCAUUCUCAGCAAAGCCAACUCCUGCAAGGACUUCCUGUCCAAGAUCUUUCAGGAGAUGGCUCUCAGAAAACCCUUACCUCUCCCUCCUCAUCGCGGGACCCAGCUAAUCUACAUAGCUGGGGGUUACAGGCAACACUCCCUGGACUCUUUGGAGGCCUUCGAUCCGAAGAAGAACGUCUGGCUAAAGCUAGCUGGGAUGGGAUCUCCCUGUAGCGGCUUAGGGGCCUGCGUGUUGUUCGGCCUUCUUUAUACAGUCGGAGGACGGAACCUCUCUUUGCAGAACAACACAGAGUCUGGAUCUUUGUCCUGCUAUAACCCCAUGACUAACCAGUGGACCCAGCUGGCUCCGCUCAACACGCCCAGAAACAGAGUGGGUGUCGGGGUCAUUGACGGGAGCAUUUAUGCCGUAGGGGGUUCACAUGCCUCUACACAUCACAACAGCGUUGAGAGGUAUGAUCCAGAGACAAACCGUUGGACAUUUGUGGCUCCUAUGUCAGUGGCACGACUGGGAGCUGGUGUUGCCACGUGCGGGGGGAAUCUGUAUGUGGUUGGCGGGUUUGAUGGAGAUCAUCGAUGGAACACAGUGGAACGCUAUCAACCAGACACUAAUACCUGGCAGCAUGUGGCACCUAUGAACACCGUUCGGAGCGGCCUCGGCUUGGUGUGUCUGGACACCAACCUCUAUGCAAUUGGUGGCUAUGAUGGUCAAACUCAGCUCAAGUCAAUGGAGAGAUAUAACAUAACAUGUGAUGUUUGGGAACCCAUGGCCUCUAUGAACCAGUGCCGCAGUGCACAUGGAGUGACAGUCUUCCAAUGCAAUAUAUAUGUGUUAGGUGGAUUUAAUCAAGGCGGUUUCUUAUCCUGCGUGGAGUGCUACUGUCCAGGCAGUAAUGUAUGGACGUAUUUAACAGACAUGCCUAUUGGCCGCAGUGGAAUGGGUGUUGCUGUAACCAUGGAACCGUGCCCUGGAAUUCUGCCAGAAGAGGAAGAGGAGGAGGUGUGACGGUUUGACGUGCCAUCUGAAGACAACUCAGUUGUUGCAUUUCCCUUGAAGCCCUUUAAGCAUGAGAUGCCAACGAGGACAUAUGUUGUUUUAAAUAUUUAGUUCAAUUUGUUUAUUUGAUAAACCACAAAGUGAUUUAUAAAGAGAAAGUCGCUAAUCACUGGACUAAUGAACCUCUGAUCACAUGAUCAGGUCCGAAUGUGAAUCUCUGAUCACGUGAUCAGGUCUGAAUGAACGAUGAUAUACACAAUUGUAUUGUCGCUGAACACUUGUUCUAUAAUACUACUCAUGUCCAGAUAAGCUCUGUUUAAUGUGCACAUGAUAAAGUACUGAGUGUUUAUUAAG